GGAUACCGCGGAGGGGUGGGGAAGUGCUUGGUCGAGUUUAUUGCAGCCAGCAGAGCUCUCAGCUGUGAUUUUCACGCUGCUGAUGACAGACUGUGCGUCGUCCUCACCGGGUCGCUGGUGCAGCCUUUCAAAUCCCAUGCAUGCUUUACACAGCUUUACUAAAACUGCCUGCAACACCUCCGUGGAAGGACUUAAUGUUACUUUCGUAUUGGAAUAACUUUCCUGCCCUUUUUUGCGCCUUUUGGGUCGACUUCGCCCCGUCUUCUUCCGCCGGCAGUUUAAAAUCUAAAAGCUUCACGAUAAGGAAAAAGACAACAGAGACAACAUGCCGCUGAAUUCAAGUUUGGCGAGUAAAAACUAUGACUACGAUUAUGACUCUCUUCAACCGUAUUUCUACUAUGACAACGAAGAGGAGGAUUUCUACCCUCAGCAGCUUCAGCCUCCGGCACCGAGCGAAGACAUCUGGAAGAAAUUUGAACUGCUGCCGACCCCUCCCCUCUCCCCGAGCCGCCGGCCGUCCUUGUCAAGCCUUUUCCCCUCCACGGCGGAUCAGCUGGAGAUGGUGACCGAGUUUCUGGGCGACGACGUGGUCAACCAGAGCAUAAUCUGCGACGCAGACUACUCUCAGACCUUCCUCAAAUCCAUCAUCAUCCAGGACUGCAUGUGGAGCGGCUUCUCCGCCGCGGCCAAGCUGGAGAAGGUGGUCUCCGAGCGGCUCGCCUCCCUGCACGCUGCGAGGAAGGAGUCGGCGGCCGGUGACUGCGCGGAGCCCGCCGGCGCAGCUACAUGGAGGCUGAACAGCAGCUACCUGCAAGACCUUAACACAUCUGCGUCGGAGUGCAUUGAUCCAUCUGUGGUUUUCCCGUACCCGAUAGCAGAGACGCCCAAACAGAGCGCAGGGACGCCGCCUAGUAAGGAUUUGGGAUUGGACACGCCACCAAACAGUGGCAGCAGCAGCAGCAGUUGUAGUGACUCAGAUGAGGAUGGAGAUGAAGAUGAUGAGGAUGAUGAGGAUGAGGAUGAUGAUGAAGAGGAUCAGGAGGAAGAGGAGGAAAUUGACGUUGUCACAGUGGAGAAGAGGCAGGCGGUGAAGCGGUGCGACCCCAGCCCGGCAGAGUCCAGGCAUCCCAGCCCGCUCGUGCUGAAGAGGUGCCACGUCUCCACCCACCAGCAUAAUUACGCCGCCCAUCCAUCCAUGAGGCACGAGCAGCCGGCUGUCAAGAGGCUGAAGCUAGAGAGCAGCAGCAGCAGCGGAGGUGGCGGCCACAGCAGGGUCCUCAAACAGAUCAGCAGCAACCGCAAGUGUUCAAGCCCGCGGACGUCUGACACUGAGGACUAUGACAAGAGAAGGACUCAUAACGUUCUAGAGCGCCAGAGGAGGAACGAGCUCAAGUUGAGCUUCUUCGCCCUGCGGGAUGAGAUCCCCGAAGUGGCAAACAACGAAAAGGCGGCCAAAGUGGUGAUCCUGAAAAAGGCGACAGAGUGCAUUUACAGCAUGCAGUCAGACGAACAGAGACUCCUCUCACUAAAAGAACAGCUGAGGAAGAAAAGUGAACUUUUAAAGCAGAGACUCUCACAGCUGCAGAGCUCCCGUGCUUAAAGUUGAAUCAUAAUAGACUUUUUGGCCUUUCGUUUUUUAUGCAAGUUCAAGAUUUAGGGUGUACAGUUGUUGUUGCAUGCAAAUGCAAAGCGGAUUAAGUUGUUUGGAAUCUUGUUUGAUUUCAAUGUUAAAACUGCCUCAAUUGAAGUUAUGGGUGGAUUAAAUAUUUAAAAGUUUAUUUUUAUUAAUAAAAUAUAAAAAAUGGGGCUACCCUGUUGAGGGCCCAAACUAAAAUAUACAUUUUUAUGUUUUGUAUAUAAUUAAUAUUUCCUAAGAAAAUGUAUUUUUGGAUCUCAAUUGUCUGGAUGUUCAGACCCAGUGUUUGUUUUUUUCCAUUAUGUUCCUAGAUUCUUUUUGAAAUAUAAAACAAUGUUUCUUCUUGAA